CAAAAUCAUAACAAAACGAUAUCGUUCGUUGUUGGUUCAUUGUGUUGAUCUGUUUGUUUAUUAUUUAAUUUCGAAGUUUUCAACUAAAUAUAGUAGUUAAUAUUUGUAACAUAAUAAUUUAUAAUGGCCCAAAUUUUCAAAUAUGUAGAACCGUACAGACCUUGUAAUGAGUGAGACAGACGAUACCGACGUUCUUCUGUUGAUACCGCCGAAUUUUUUCCUGAUUUGCAGUUCGGAAUCUGACAAUUCGUUGCUAGAAUCCUCAAGAACAGUUGUGCACAAACCGGUUUCGCGAACUGCGCAUGUAUUAGGAAAGUUGGUCGACCAAGUGCAUUCCUUAGAAUCUAGGUUAGAUACCUUAGAACUAAACACUAGCACCACGUUUUCUAGUACAAGUUCUAUAAAAAAUAAAACUUAUAACGACAGCUACAGGAGCCUCGACCGUAAGUGUUCAACAUUUCCUCGUAGACGUCGUAGAAAAGUUCUUAGACGAGAUAAGUGUUCAGAUUUAUCUUUGACCAGCUUCGAUUGUAUGAGUUUGCAUAGAAAUAUUCCUAAACUGAAGUUACCAGACACAACACAAAGUCGUAUAUCUGAAACUAUAAAUGAUUCACAAAGUAUGGAUGGAGAUAUAAGCAGUAUAAUCUCAACUCCAAGUAAGACUAAUGAUAAAUUGCUUCUCCAUGAAAUAGACGAGUUUUUGACAAGAGUCGAGGCAUACGAAACACCUGAUACAAGAUGUAAGGGUACAGAAAAACUAAGUCCUGAAAGUAUAAUUGAAGCCACAGGUAGUUAUAUAGCACAACAAUUGGAGACAAAAAAUGAUGAAAAUGAAAUUCAGUUGCCCAGUGGAAGGAAAGUCACAAGUGAAAUUUUAGACAAAUAUAUUUAUUUAGUAAAAAAUAAUGCUCUAUCUGACAAAGUAGUUAGUACAAUAAAGUCUGACCAUAUUGAGAAUUCAAACUAUUCUGCAUCACAGCAAACAAAAACAGAUAUUCAAACUCAAUCAAAAUCACCUAGUGUAAGAAAAUUGAAUUUUAAUGAGAAAGAUGGUCAACCUACAUCUACACCCAAAAAGUAUACUCAUAGUUCAAGUUAUUUUGAAAACUUUAAGCCUUCAUCAAAUAAAAUAUAUGACAGAGCAUCAAAAGUAUUGGAGCAAUAUAAGUCACAGAGUUAUUCACAAAAUGCUCCAUCCUCCGUCACUGACACAAAUGACUAUUUGUCAGAGAAAGGAGACUUUAAAAUGCCCCAAAUGAGACCAUUUGUUAACUCAAAGGACAAAAUGACAGCUUUACAAAUAGAUUCUAUAGAUACAGAUCUUUUAAGCUUAAGUGAACUGUGGGGAGAGAAAGGAGAGCGGCUGGAGAGAGCUGACAGUUUAAAAUUAGAAGAAGAAAGAUUAAAAAGAGAGCAUUGUGAAGUAAUGAUACAACAACUUCAAAGGAAGAUUCUGGAACAGCAGGAGAAACUAGCAGUUGCUAUCCGAGUAGACCGAGGCAAGGACACUGCCAUCAACAAGCUGCGGGAUGCCUGGCUCCGGCUUACACAUAGCCUGGACAAAGCUGAAGAGAGACACAGAGCGGCACUAGAGAAGAUGGUCAAAGAAGUUGAUAACUUUAAAAUGGUGGCCAAUGAUGCUCAGAAGAAAACCAGACACUUUGAAAGUGAACUUUACAAAGCUCUUGACUUAGCGCAUGACUAUCAAGAGAAAUGUAAACAACUUACCCAAGAGAAGAAGGAACUGCAGGACAGUACUGAUAAAGUGAUAGCAGAGAAGGAGGAGGUAUUAAGAAGUAAAGAGAAGGAAAUAGAAAUUGUCAAAGAUAACUGUGAAACAAUAAUGAGACUGAACAAACAAUCUGCUGAUUGUGUUAGGAAUUUAGAAGAUUCUUUAGAAAAGGAAAGAAGAGAACACGAAUUAACAAAGUGUAGAGUCAGUGAGCUAAGUGACAGGAUACAGUCGGAGCAGGAUGAAGCUACCCUCGCACGGCAGGAGAGAGAUGUACUGAAGGAGAAGGUGAACGAAGAGAGAUCCAGAUGCAAUCUGCUCGAGAGACAGUUGUGUGAAACUCAGAAUUUGAAUAGUGAACUUGUAAAGAGAUGUGUAAGUAUUCUUAUAUUUAUUCUAACUCCAAACAAUGAUACUGUAAAGCAGUCUCAAAAAGGUCUCCCUCUCACUGGAGAAGUAUCGAGUAGUCACAAUGAAACACUGGUGCAGAAGAGCGAGGUGCGCGGUCACUACCAGCGCCAGCUAGAGGCGGCUGUGCUGGCCAAGCUGCACGACUUCCAGGCGCAGCUGCAACAAGCACAGCAGGACAUGGAGACGGAGGCACGCGCUAAGGAGAACUCUAUAGUUGAUACAUACAAUGUUCAGAUUUCAAGGAUCGAGGAACAACACAAGCUGGAGGUGAACAUUCUAGAAGAGAAGCAAAAAGAAGAGAUCAAGUUGUACCGACUGCAGCUGGCGCAGGCUGCGGAGAGAAUUGGAUUCCUCGAGAAUAAACUAGAGACAUAUCGUCGUCGACGUGGUCAGAUAGCGUCACAGCUGCACAGCGUGAUGGAGGCUCAGUGGCGACAGGCGCUGCAGAUACUCACCAAUGGCCAGCCAGCCGCACAGACAGCAAGCCAGUCAGCUAGCCAGCAUACCAGUCAAUACAACAGUCUGCCAAACCCGCUGGCUAUGGCCAGUCAUGGGUUCGCUUCCUUAGAUCUAUCAAGACCUGAUAGUGUAUUGGCUGCAACCAGUAACAGCAGACCUACUCAAAAACUUGCAACAGACGGACUGAGUGAUACUGAACUACAGCAGUAUGUUAACAUGUUGCUAUCAAAGCCCGUUAACUUCGAGAGUAACUUAGACACUGAAGGCGAGGACCUGAAGCGGCCCAGCUCGGAGCUGCACGAGCCGCCCACCAGCGACCGCGCAGACAAACACGAGCGCAGAGACAAGACUAGGAAGACUUACAUAUCUAAACCACCCUGGAAAGCGUAGUGAAUGUUUCUGACUGUUUCCACUGAUAAACAUGUUUACAAUACGAAACAGAGGUAAUCUGCAUUUCUGCAAGUGUGCAAGUGAAGUGUGUUUGUGUUAAUUCAAGAUAAGUUGUCAAGACUCAAGAAAGGUACAGACAGGUAAAUAGUUGCUAGUAUGUAUGUAUAAGAAAUAUCUAAAUCCAUGUAUGGAUAUAGCAAGAUAUUUGCCAGGAUUGUGUUACAACCUUCAACUUUUGAUUCCAAGUGCAUAGUUUUUAUUAAUAGUGGAAGAGAAUUGUGUGAAAAAUAUUUUCCGCUAUCCUCAACAAAUAAUAUUAGU